AUGGAUAUGCUCAACGACUGGCCCAUAUAUUGUAUAGCUUUAGUGACUGUACUGCUCAUCGUCAGAGCCGCAUUCAUCUGGUCGCGGAGCACCCUUCGGGACAUCCGCGGCCCCUCAAGCUCGUCGUUUUGGCUUGGGAAUGAAGCUGAUCUUCGGUAUCAGGACGAAGUGGGUGACGCAGAGUUUCCGUGGCUGCGCGAAUAUGGAGGGGCAUGGAAGAUACACGGACCUUUGGGUUCCGAGAGACUGAUGCUUGCGGACCCAAAGGCUUUGCAAUAUGUGCUGCAAACAUCGGGUUACCGCUUCCCAAAACGAGGGGAUUGGAGAGCGCAACAGCGCAUGAGGCUAGGUGAUGGACUCGCGUGGGCCCAUGGAGAGCAACACAAACGGCAAAGGAGAAUCAUAGAUCCCGCGUACUCUACGGCGCAACUCAAAUCCUAUCUUCCCCUCUUCUUGGGCUAUGCCAAUAAGUUGGUGAAGAAAUUGAAGGAGGAUGAGAUGGCAAGCUCGACGGAUGCAGAGCCUCUCGUCAACAUGCAUAAAUGGCUUUCGCGUACUACGCUCGACAUCAUAGGGGAUGCUGGCUUUGGCUUCCGUUUUGGGGCACUGGACGAGGCCAACAAUGAACUCUCUAAAGUGUACAGGGGGCUAUAUGUCAACAGCUCUCUCUAUCUUCCUCGCUGGGACAUGGUCUUUCGCUAUCUGUGCAAAGAUCUUCCUCUUCGGGUGUCAUACUAUCUCCGCUAUGUGCCAAGCCGCGGUUAUAGUCGUUACCGCCGUUACCAAGAUUUUAUCGGCCCUUACGGGCGCCAACUCAUUGCGCAGACACAGAUGGAGACUAAGGGCGCUGGAAAGGAUGUGAUGAGCGUACUGUUGCGUGCCAAUGCAGCAGAAGACGGCCGGCACAAGCUUAGCGAGGAUGAAGUUGUCGCUCAGAUCUCCACCGUGUUGCUCGCAGGACAUGAUACAACCGGCACAACCAUAUCAUGGUGGCUAUACGAAUUGUCUUGUCAUCCAGACUGGCAGCACCGUGUGCGCGAAGAAGUGCGCGCUAUGCGCAGCAAGUUCCGGGAACGCGGUGACGAGGAGCUCGCGAUCAGCGACCUUGAGAGCAUGUCUGUCAUGCAAGCAACGCUCAAGGAGGCAAUGCGGUUGCAUCCCAUUGUGUGGCUGCUCAAUCGCACGGCGGGGCAAGACGACGUUAUCCCGCUUUCGACACCAAUCCUAACCCAAUCUGGAGACAAGAUCUCGUCCAUUCCUGUACGCAACGGCCAGGACAUCGAGAUAUCCAUCUCUGCAUAUAACCGUAAUCCAGACGUUUGGGGCAGGGAUGCUCAUGUGUGGAACCCGGAUCGGUUCACUCAGGCCACCAAGUCAGAACACGCCGCUUCUGUCGGGGUAUUCGCGAACUUACUCAACUUCUCUGGAGGUAUCCGUAACUGUCUUGGAUGGAAAUUCGCUGUCUACGAGAUGCAAGCAAUUGCCGCGACGCUCAUCGAGGCGUUCGAGUUUUCUCUGCCUCCCCAAACAGAAGAAAAUGCGGUUACAGCCGUUUUCAAUGAAGUGCGGAAUCGCGAAUCGCGCCGCGACCUCCCAGAAGGCGUGGGCCAGCGCCAAAUGCGCCUCCACGACGGAGCGGGCCUAUAA